AUGCCCUCAAAAAUAGACCUCCUCAACAAUGAGUCCCUCACCUACGAGGACGCGCUGCAAGAAACCUUCAACGUCAUCCACUGCCAUGAGGAGCUUCACGCCAAAAACGCCUUUACAGCGGAGCUAUCGCGCCAACGCGAUUCCAUAGCCGCGUUGGCUAGCCACCACCUGGGUCUCGGCACCGCAACCGACGCCGUCACCGUGUACCCUCCCGAAAAAUGGCUCUCCGGCGGCUUCAACGUCUGCGUCCCGAUCGACGUGCAGCUGCGGGGCGGCGCGGAGAAGAAGAAGCUGCUCAUGAAGUGUCCCAUGGCCUUCAGGAUCGCCGAGCACAAGUACCCGGGCAGUCUGGAUGAGAAGCUUCGCACCGAAGUUGGCGCGUAUGUCUGGAUACAGGAGAGUUGCCCGAGUAUUCGGAUCCCGCACCUGUACGGCUUCGGAUCGUCAGCACACCAUUUCACACACGUGUCUGCGCGGCCUUGGUACUCGCGUCUCCUCCACGCGAUCCGAUACUGGCUUUCGCGGAGAUUCUACGGCGCGCAGCCCUCAAAAUAUGUCUCAACCAAUGCAUCACCUAGCCUCCCGGCUCACUACAUGCUGCUCGAGUUCAUCGGCCCUGAGACCGGCCGGCUGCCCGCCCAGGACUGGUUCGCCAAGUUGGCCGAUCCCCUCUGUCGAAAGCGACUCUUCACCGGCCUGUCCAACAUCAUCCUCGAGCUGGCCAAGGUCCCGCAGCCCAAGAUCGGCUCUUUCCGCUUCAACAACGACUGCACCAUCAGCCUCGACGGCCGUGCCGUCUUCGCCGGCACCUCCAUCUUGGAAGGCCAAGGCGCUCCCCGCACGGUGCCCGCGGGCCAGACGUACACCUGCACGGAGCCCUUCGUCUCCGACAUGAUCACGCUCCUAGACGAAAGUUACCGUGCACAAAUCGCAGCCAGCGAUACCGAAACGGCCUGCCUAGGCCAAAUGGGAACGCGCGUAUUUUUGCGAGCGGUCGCCCAUCAUUACAUAAAGAAGCAGUACAGGAACGGGCCCUUUCUCAUGCAGCUGACCGACCUCAACCCUGGAAACUUCUUCGUCGACGACGAUUGGAAGAUCAGUUGCCUGUUUGACCUCGAAUACAUCUCGGCGCUGCCUGUGGAAAACCUGGCGAUACCGUACUGGCUAAGCGGUGGCACGAUCUCCGACAUUGAGGGACAGAAGUUGGCCGAGUACGAGAAGCUGCGACGAGAGUUUAUGGAAAUCCUUCGGGAGAGAGAAGCAGAGUAUAGACUAGCAUGGCCAAUAUCGACCAUCAUGGAAGAGAUGUGGACUACAAAGGGGGUCUGGUUCUGGCACAGCCUGGCUUCGCGCUACUGA